AUAUUUUUAUUUCCAAUUGUUCUCUCAGAGAAUUCAGAAAACCCUAGAAUUCAAAAUCUCCUCCCAGCUUCUCUGCAAAAAUGUCUGGCCGUGGAAAGGGUGGCAAGGGUUUGGGCAAGGGCGGAGCCAAGAGGCACAGGAAGGUUCUAAGGGAUAACAUCCAGGGCAUCACCAAGCCAGCCAUUCGUCGUUUGGCCAGAAGAGGCGGCGUCAAGAGAAUUUCUGGGCUGAUCUAUGAAGAAACCCGUGGAGUCCUGAAGAUUUUCCUGGAGAAUGUCAUCCGUGAUGCUGUGACCUACACGGAGCAUGCUCGCCGCAAGACUGUUACUGCUAUGGAUGUGGUUUAUGCUUUGAAGAGGCAGGGUAGGACUCUUUAUGGAUUUGGGGGUUAGGUUUCUCGUUAGUGCUCGAAUUGGGUUGGGGGAAGGGGGAUUGGUAGGUUAUCUUUUGUUAUUGAGAUUGAGCUUACAUUGUAAUUAACAUUACAUUUGCAGAUCAAUGGAUGUUAGGAUUUCCACUAGUUGGACAAUUAUGAUGAUUAUUGAGGAACUGAGCAUUCAUUUUCCUGAA